UAAAAAAGUCUUGAUAUUAUUAAAUUUGUAUGUAUAUAAAUAAAGUUAUUUUAGUCAUAUAUAUUUAGAUAUAUAUAUAUAGAUGAAUAUAAAGUUUAAUUUUUAAGUAUUGUCAAGUUGAUAUCAAUUCACUUUAAUAGAAUUAAUAAUUGCAUUUAAAAUCCUAAAAAAAAUUCAACUAGUAAAACUAGUAAAUCAUUUAGUAGAAACAUAAAGAUGAAGGCUAUUGUAUAUCAUGGAAAUAAAGAUGUCAGAUUUGAUUCUGAGUUCCCAGAACCAAAGAUUAUUCAUCCAACUCAAGUUAAAAUAAAAGUUGACUAUUGUGGGAUUUGUGGUAGUGAUCUUCAUGAAUAUAUUGAUGGACCAAUUUUCUUUAAAAAUGAAUAUAAUGCUAUAAGUCACAAUUACUAUCAACAAGUAAUGGGACAUGAAAUAAGUGGUGAAAUUGUUGAACUAGGUGCUGAAGCUGAUCCUCAAUUGAAAGUAGGUCAAAAGGUUGUUGUUGAAGCUACGGGUACUUGUGUAGAUAAAGCUAUGUUGGAGGAAAAGGAGUUAAGUCAAUGCGGAUCCUGUUCUCAAGGUUAUACGAAUGCUUGUGAUUUCAUUUCCUUUUAUGGAUUAGGAUUUGAUAAUGGUGGAUUCUCAGAAUAUAUGGUCAUUGGUGAUCAUCAUCUAAUUCCUUAUCCAGAAGAAUUACUUCCUCCAGAUAUUGCAGCAUUAACUGAACCAUUGGCUGUGGGAUGGCAUGGUGUUAGGACUUCUCCAAUUAAACCAGGAGAAUCGGCCCUUAUUCUUGGUGCUGGCCCAAUUGGUUUAUCUACGAUCUUUGCCUUAAAGGGAAAUAAUAUUGGUCUUAAAAAUAUUGUUAUUUGUGAGCCAGCUGCUGCCAGGAGAAAAUUGGCUGCAAGUUUUGGUGUAACUGUAUUUGAUCCAUCUCCUUUUAAUGAUGACGAAUCUAAAUUAACUCAAGAGUUACUUAGAUUAAGCUCAGAUGGUUGGGGAUUCCAUCAUAUUUAUGAUUGUUCAGGAAAUAAAGUCACAUUUGAUAUGUCAAUUUCUGCAUUGCGUACAGGUGGGACAGCAACUAAUUUAGCAAUCUGGCAUCAUAAACCUAUACCAUUUUAUCCAAUGGAUUUAACUCUUCAUGAAAAAUUCAUUACUGGAUCUAUGUGUUACACAAGACGUGAUUUCGAGCAAGUUAUACAGGCUUAUAAGGAUGGUCUCAUAAAUCCUGAAGAGGUGAAAACAUUAAUCACAGCAAAGAUUCCAAUUGAAUCUGGGUUUAAAGAUGGAUUUUUAGAACUUGUAAACCAUAAGGAUAAACAUAUUAAGAUUCUUGUUACUCCUCAUUUACAUUCGUAAAUGCUU